AUGGCCACCAACGGGUCCAACGGGUCUUUCUCCCACUACCAUGCUGCCUCCACUGCUGAGGCUAUUCAGACAGAGAAGGAGUAUGCUGCCCACAACUAUCACCCAUUGCCCGUGGUCUUUGCCCGUGCUCAAGGUACUUCGGUCUGGGACCCCGAAGGACGUCACUAUCUCGACUUCCUCUCUGCCUACUCCGCCGUGAACCAAGGCCACUGCCACCCCAAAUUGAUCGCGGCUCUUGUUGAGCAGGCAUCGCGAGUCACUUUGAGUUCGCGCGCUUUCUACAAUGAUGUGUUCCCCCGCUUCGCUCAAUUUGUCACCAGCUACUUUGGCUUUGACAUGGUGCUGCCCAUGAACACAGGUGCCGAGGCCGUGGAGACGGGCAUCAAGAUCGCUCGCAAGUGGGGUUACAAGAUCAAGGGAAUCCCAGAGAACCAGGCAAUUGUUCUCAGUGCUGAAAACAACUUCCACGGUCGGACAUUCGCCGCCAUCUCACUGUCGUCCGACCCGGAAUCGCGUGAACACUACGGCCCUUACCUUCCUGGUAUCGGAUGUACCAUCCCCGGUACCGAGAAGCCUAUCACCUACAAUGAUAAGGCCGCACUUCGCGAGGCCUUUGAGCAGGCUGGGCCUAACUUGGCGGCUUUCUUGGUUGAGCCCAUCCAGGGUGAAGCCGGUAUUGUCGUCCCAGAUGAGAGCUACCUGCAGGAAGCUCGUGCGCUUUGCGAUAAGCACAACGUGCUCUUGAUCUGUGACGAGAUCCAGACUGGUAUCGCCCGCACCGGAAAGCUCCUUUGCCAUGAGUGGAGCGGAAUCAAGCCCGACCUGGUCCUUUUGGGUAAGGCCAUCUCUGGUGGCAUGUAUCCCGUGUCAUGCGUGCUGGGCAGCAAGGACGUCAUGCUCACGAUCGAGGCUGGUACCCACGGUUCAACCUACGGCGGUAACCCAUUGGGCUGUGCUGUUGCCAUCCGCGCUCUGGAAGUUGUUCGUGAGGAACAGAUGGUGGAGCGGGCUGAGAAGCUCGGCCACAUCUUCCGUCAGGGCCUGGAGGAUCUCAAGAGUCCACUUAUUCAGACUGUGCGUGGAAAGGGUCUCCUCAAUGCCAUCGUCAUUGACGAGUCCAAGACCAACGGUCACUCUGCCUGGGACCUGUGCAUGCUGAUGAAGGAGAAGGGUUUGCUGGCCAAGCCGACUCACCAGAACAUCAUUCGUCUUGCCCCACCGUUAGUCAUCACCGAGGAGGAGAUCAAGCAGGCCCUGGAGAUUAUCAACCAGGCUGUGAUUGAGCUGCCGAACCUGAAGGGUGCUGCCGAGGACCACGUGAUCCCUCCCCCAGAGAAGAAGGUUAAAAUUGGCGUCGAGAACUAG